AUGACGUUAGGAGAAGUCCAGAAAAAUCUCCCGUGGGUCGAGAAAUAUCGCCCAUCCAAAUUAGAAGAUUUAGUAUCACAUGAUGAUAUCAUAAAAACAAUAAAUCAAUUUAUGAAAGAGAACCAACUUCCUCAUUUGUUAUUUUAUGGUCCACCGGGAACUGGCAAAACUUCCACAAUACUUGCUUGUGCAAGGCAAAUGUACACACCACAACAGUUCAACUCUAUGGUGUUAGAACUGAAUGCAUCUGAUGAUAGAGGAAUAGGAAUUGUAAGAGGCCAAAUCCUUAGUUUUGCAUCUACCAGAACAAUUUUCAAAGCUGGCCCAAAAUUGAUAAUUUUGGAUGAAGCAGAUGCUAUGACAAAGGAUGCACAAAAUGCACUAAGGAGAAUAAUAGAGAAGUACACCGACAACGUUCGGUUUUGUAUAAUUUGUAACUACCUGGGCAAGAUCAUACCGGCGCUUCAGUCGCGAUGCACUCGCUUCAGGUUCGCGCCGCUGCAGCAGAGCCAGAUUGUGCCCCGGCUGAAGGAGAUCGCGGCCGCCGAAGGGGUAAAUAUGUCAGAGGAUGGUGUGAAAGCCCUGCUAACGUUGUCGGGCGGUGACAUGCGUAAAGUGUUGAACACACUGCAGAGCACGUGGCUAGCGUACCGUGACGUCACCGAAGACAAGGUGUACACGUGCGUGGGUCACCCGCUUAGGACCGACAUUAACGCUAUUAUCAACUGGCUACUCAACGAGAACGACUUCGCUGCCUGCUUCAAACACAUCCAAGAUGUGAAGCUUGCUAAGGGUUUAGCUCUCAGUGACAUAUUAACGGAGGUGCAUACAAUUAUACAAAGAUUAAAACUUCCCCCCGAAGUGUUGAUAGAUCUAUUGAUCAAGAUGUCGGAGUCCGAGGCGCGGUUGUCGAGCGGCUGUAGCGAGCGCGUAGAGCUGGCCGCGCUCAUAGCUGGCUUCCAGGCCGCGAGAGACCAAGUCAAAGUUGAACUUUAA